CGAAGGGGCCGCCAUGAGCCGGUUGCGGGAGGAGGAUGAUCCCUAUGUAAUCGAAGAGCCCAGCGACGAGGAGCUGGCGCAGAGCAGCUCUGAAGAUGAAGUUGAUGUGCUUUUACACGGCACCCCUGAGCAGAAGCGAAAACUGAUAAGGGAGUGUCUAACUGGAGAAAGUGAAUCUUCUAGUGAAGAUGAGUUCCAGAAAGAAAUGGAAGCUGAACUGGACUGUGCCAUGAAAAAUAUUGAAGGCAAAUGGAAGUCACAGCUUACAGAUGUGACUUCAAGUGCUGGGCAGUCUGGAACUGUCACCACUUCAAAGUACUAUGAUGACAUUUAUUUUGAUUCUGAUUCAGAGGAUGAAGACAAAGUAGUUUCAGAAGAAACUAAGAAAACAAGGAGACAUAAACAGCGUCGAAUUCCAACUAAUGAUGAGUUGCUGUAUGACCCAGAAGAAGAUAAAAGAGAUCAGGAGUGGGUAGACAGGCAAAGAAGAAGGUAUCAUAAUAUCAGAAGUGCUCAGCCUGAAGGCAACCAAGCCAGACUUUCAGCCAUUCCAAGCAGUGAUGCUGUUUUGAACUGUCCUGCCUGCAUGACUACGUUGUGCCUCGACUGCCAGAGACAUGAAAAAUACAGAACUCAGUACAGAGCGAUGUUUGUGAUGAACUGCAGUGUUAUCAAAGAGGAGAUUUUGAAAUACAAAGGCCCAUUGAACAAGAAGAUAAAGAAAGCACACAAGAAAAUUAAACAAAGUAGUGAAUCCGUUGCUGGCCUGGAAAAACAAGAAGAGGAGGAGAUAUAUCACCCGGUAAAGUGUACUGAAUGUUCAACAGAAGUGGCUGUCUUGGAUAAGGAUGAAAUUUUUCACUUUUUCAAUGUUUUAGCAAGCCACAGCUAAAAUGCAUAAGUCAUGUUGCUUAAGACUGUCUUAAAUUUCAAAAGCAGAGGGGUUUUGUUUGUUCCAUUUUGUAUCAUCUAUAAAAAGACCCACCUGAUCUGGUGUGAAAAUUAUGUCUUCAUUAUACUGUCUGUAGACAUAACACAAGUGAUCUAAUUUAUGUACCUAAUUAAUAGAACAGUUGCCAAGUAUGUAUUUUUUUCUUUCAGUUUUGUUCAUCAGAAUAAAAACAUUCUUUUUAAAAGGAGAUCAGGCCAGCUUCCAUGGUCUGUUGUGUUUAGUUGAUAGCAUGUGGUAGCGACUAGGUAUGUUGGGGAAAAUAGUAUCUGCUUUGUACAAAUUGGCAUAAUUAAACUCAGUUCAAAGCUUCUUGGAUUUGAUUUUGUUCUGUUCACACACCUCAAAGAUUUUGAAAUGCCAGAGUACUUGUUUUUUGCUUGCAGUUUAAAGUGGUCUUUGAUAUGUCUAGCUCACUUCUUCCCAACAGAAAGCUGUCUCAAAAGCAAUUUCUGAAUUCUAAGGCUGGAACAACCUACUUUGUGGCCCAGAAUAUUGCUCCAUUUUUAGUAAUGAAAUUUAAGCAGGAAUUCUUCUCUGUUGGAACCUUGUGAUUUUGCACUAGGAAAUCAUAGAGUUCUUCUUACUUGAAUAUAAUUUCUGAGGAAUACUUUAUUGUGUGCUAAUGAUGUACAUUAAAAGAGCCUUGCUGGAUCAGACCAGUGGUCCAUCUAGUUCAGCAUUCCUCUCUUGAACACUGGCAAACCAGUUACAAUGGAGGACCAACAGGGCAUAGAGGCUAAGGCCUUCCCCUGUUAUUGCCUCCUAGCA